AGCAUCUGCUGAUUGGAAAGUUAAAUCGCGUUGGCUUCAAUUUACCAAAAUGGGAGCGAAAUUCCUGAGCUUCGUUUUCUUCCUUUUGUUUUUAUCUCCAGCCAUGGCAUAUCUAGGGAGCUACCGGUUUGGCAAACGCAACUUGGUGGAGAAGGUAGCUAUUACAGAUUAACGUUCUUUGAAUCCCUUGUAAUAUUGAUGCAUGAUGUAAAUCAUCUUCGAAAUCAGCUUUAAUACACCUACAUCCUUCCUUGUACAUUAAUCGGAUUUGAUUCUUGCAAAUCGAAAGACUUGGGACAACAUCGUAAUUUGUUUAGAAGGAAAACAAAGCGACAUCAUGUGAAGGAUUAAAUUCUUCUUAAAAUAAAGCUUAGGGAAGUUAUUUACGAUGAGUGAACAUGGGGUAAGUGUCAGGUUAAGGUCAGCGAAACUCAGCAGGAUUAUAAGGAACUGGAGCUAAUAUAGGUUUAUUAAAGAAAAUUGGAUGGUAAUUCUUCAAAUUUACUUUACGUCUAAGUAGCGGAACAGGAGAAAGGAUAGAAAAAAAAAAAAAAAACCUGGAGCGAAUGUAAACACUCCAGUCCUUUUUCCACUAAAUUCAUUAAAUCGGCGUCUUUAACUUGUUUGCUACCAAGUAAUAACUCAUUCGAUUAAUUCAGUCUCUCUUUUUUAAACUUUCAUAUGAUAAUCUUAAGAGGCAGAUGUCUGUUAGAUGGUAUUUAGCAUUACGGAGGCUGAGUUGAAACUCCCCUUUGACUUCAUCAAUCCACGUGUAAUUAAAUUAAACACUUUCCCUUAUCGGAAAGUCCCCCGUUUCUCAGCGUGAGACUCGGAACGCCUGCGGCGAAGGGGAAAAGAAGGUUUAAAAUGGGUCGUAAAUGUUUGUGUUCGACACAUGGUGAAUCUGCUUCAAUUCACAAUCUAGUUGGCAAGUGUAUCUUAAGCAUGACAACAAAAUUCCCUAGUUUGAUUUUACUUUUCCUAUUUUUAUCGUUAACAAUGGCAUUUUUACCAAGCAUACGGCAUGGUAAACGCGGCUUGCUACAAGAGGUAUUUACUGGCAUUUAGGUUUAAUUUAAUGUCCAAUCCUAAAUUGUUUUCAAUUUAGGAGUACAUAACUUCGUAAUCUUUGCUGCGGCGACAUGUUUACUCAAGGUUGCCGCAUCAUUUAGUGAAACACUUUAUCACUGUCGAAAGGUGAUUCUGCUAAACCGUCAUCUUCGUUAAUUUGUGAACUAUAGGAAAUGUAACUCGUUUAAGGAUUCUGAAAAAUGAUUUAAAGCUUAAUGAUUUGUAACAAAAUAUGUUUGUUUUUCUUCACCGGCUAUUUGGUUAGAUAGAUCUGUCUUCAUAACGUGGCGUUCAAAUUUAUCAAAAUAGAAAAUUUUAUAUUUGGACACGGUCUAAAUUAGAUUGUUUGUUUUUUCAAUCUUGACGUGAUCACAUCUUUUUUUUCUAAUACAUAUACUUUAAGUCUUUAAUUGAAUCGUAUAAAACAUAGAAAACAUACAGAUACUCACUCAAUACGCGAACAAUGUAUAUUAGGUAAUAUUACUCCUGUCUGGUACAGAGAUUCUUAGCGUUUUCUUAGCUUUUGUGUAGGUUGAAAGAUUGUCACUGUCUGUAUUUGACUUACGCUGGUUUUUACAGAUUUGUUUCAUACCGUCAUUAAUGUUGAUAGCUCUAUUCAGAAGAAUGCUCCAUAAAUUUGAUAUUUUUUUUAAGCGAAGAAAUUACGAAAUUACCAUAAACAGCGAUUCAGUGAGCGUUGUUUCGGUCCGAAAGAAACCUUCAUUUGAUAUGAUCCUUUUCUCGUUUUGCGUGUGAAUUGGAUUAGCUUGUUGAAAAGGAUUAAGAAUUUUAAUACGUUAGAUGAUUCAAGCGAUCCUUUUAAAUUCAAUUUAAUCAAUCGCUACCGAGUCAUAUUCCUCGUCUAACAGUUUCACAUUUUGAUCCUCUGAAGUCCCUCAACAAACUGGCGAAGAACUCAACGAAAAGUCAAAUUAGUUUUCUUCCAUAGCGAUACGGUCAUCGCGUUUGGCUGAUACCAAAAUUCUCUUGCGGUGAUCACUAACAUGGAUUCAAAAUGUUUGCCUUUGAUUUUUUUUCUGCUCUUUUUAUCAUCAACGAUGGCAUUUUUAGCAAACGUUAGCCAUGGAAAACGAGAUUCAAUACGAAAGGUACUUAUUGAGAAGUAAAAGUGUGCGUUAAGUUAAUCAAAGUGGUCUCAUCGCAUUUCAUAACCAAUUUUACAAAAAUUUUGGUUAAGAAUUUAAAGAAGAUACUCGUUAUAUUCUUCAGGGCCGGUUUCCACUAGGACAUUUCGUCCAACUCAACAUCCUAACGACAGUUUAUUUUUGUAAAAAGCUCCAGUUUGUCUCCAUUUCUCUAUUUACUUCUAAAUUUCACUUAAAAAAAUCCAAGUAACUAAGAAUUGAUAAGCGCAUCAAACACAAAAAGCAAUUCCGAUAUUCUUACUGAAAAUCAAAGCAAUCUGUGGUAAUUACUACACGACACGCUGUUGGUUUGAAUUUCAAUGUUUGUCUAUGAAAGAUAAAAGGUAAAAAUGUAUCUAAGAUAGCCCGGUAUUUUUCCUCCUUCUCCACUCUUACAAGGCCAUUUAGUUUCAGUUAUGUUAAAACAUCAGUUGUGCGCAAUUUCCUUUUUGAACACCAGGUGAUAAUCUUCCGGCAGCAAAUUGCGAAUUCGUUUGUUUUUGUUCAUGUUUGAUCGUUUGUUUGUUUGUUUGUUUUUACUAUUCGACGACGUUCUUUUUUUUUUAAGUCAAAGGUACGUAGCUUCACGCUUUAAAAAUUUUUUUUAAUGAGUGAUAGUGUUAAAAAUACAAGAAAAGAAAAGAACUCAAAGGAAAACAAAAGAAAAAAGAAGCCGUUCUGCUGAAGUAAAAUCAUUGGCAUUUACCAUUACAAAAGAGUUCUUUAAGUUUAUUUUUGCUGUUUGUUGUUGCCUCAAUCGUCUUUCUUAAUCUUUUUACGCCCUAACAUCAGCAUGAACAUUCUCCAUACUGUUCUCUAAGCAGCUGACAAAGAAAAUUUGUUUAACAACCAAUCUAUAUUCUGGUGUGUGAAUGAUUCGGAGGUGAGAUUAUAAGGAGAUAUUAGAUGCUCGCCUCUUAGGGGUCAAAAGGGUUUAACUCGUUGAAAACUGAACAUAGGUUCACUCUUUUUUCAAAAUAAAUGGAUACGUUGGAAAAUACUUUAGCGAUGCAAUGUUUUAAGGAGAAAAGGCUCUUUUUCGUAUUAAAGCUGAACGAAAUAUUCUAGAGGGUUGGUAUCGUAACAAAGUCACCGCAUGUAUAAUUAUGUGUGAAUGCCAUUAACUUUUAUGACCCUUUUCUCUCUGUCUUCUUGUUUUUAAGGCUAAUGCACAGGAUGACUUCAAGCAAUUUUGCCAAUUAGCCGAGAAGCUCUGUCAUCAAAAGACUGAAUCCAUAUCCGUGGAAAAUAGACGAAAAGAAGGAAGCCAUCAUUUACCAACAAUUGAAAAAAAACGUACCAACGAUAAAAACCUGUUAGGACCAGCGGUAGAGAGGCGAUGAGGAUACGCUAUGACUUCAGUUUUGACCUAAAAGAACCUAACAAACUCUAAAACAAUAUGACAUUACUAUAUUUUGGUUUUUUAUUGUAAUAUUUCAAUUAGAUAUAUUACUGUUACGCGAAAGAUGUUCAAAUAAAUCAGCAUUUAUUUUAAAAUGGGAACUAGACCAGUGUGAAUUUCAGUGUAUGUCAGAUUUUUUGGUGC